UUGGAGGCGGAAAAUGGCGCUGACGUGAGCGCGAGCCCGCGGCCGCCCAGGGAGUCACCACAGCCUCAGCUGGAGCUGCAGGAGCUGCGGGAACAAAAGGCCUAGCCGGGCCGAGGAUGGAGGAGGAACUCUCUGGGCCUAGCCCAGACAUGCUGGUCACUGCAGAGCCCAGCUCCAGUGAGGCCGGCAAGGAAGUGUUGUCCCCGGGUGUGGCUGCUGCAGCCACCUCCUUCUCCAUGGGGGAGGAGUCAGGUCCGAAACAGACAGCGACACCCUCAGUGUGGGACCGUGGAGGGCUUGAAGGGGCCCAGCAAGGUACCUCCUCAGCCCCAGACAGUGACCAGCCUGGCCCUGGACCCAGCCUUGGCUCAGCCAGCACAGUCUCCGGGACCAGUGAGGACCUUCGGCCUCCAAGGCGACGCCCACCACCAGGAAAGCAGAUACCCUGCUCUAGCCCUGGCUGCUGCCUCAGUUUCCCCAGCAUUCGUGACUUGGCACAGCAUCUGCGUACCCACUGCCCACCCACACAGUCCCUGGAAGGCAAGCUGUUCCGCUGUUCGGCCCUGAGCUGCACGGAGACUUUCCCCAGCAUGCAGGAGCUGGUGGCCCACGGCAAGCUGCACUACAAACCCAAUCGCUACUUCAAGUGUGAGAAUUGCCUCCUGCGCUUCCGUACGCAUCGCUCGCUCUUCAAGCAUCUGCAUGUUUGUGCCGAGCAAGGGCAGAGCCCAGCCCCACCGCCACCCCCAGCCCUGGACAAGGAGCCAGCAGCGCCCGAACGCCCCCCCGAGUCCGACCCUGCACCGGCGCCCAGCCUGCAGUUUCCGCUUCUUGAGCCCUUCACAACCCCCGCCCCUGCCGCUACUGGGCCCUUCCUGCCCUACUUGAAUCCCUCACCCUUUGACCUAAGUCCCCCACGCCUGCGCCCCUUCCUGGCCGCCGCACCUGGGCUGCCAGCCUCCAGUGCCGCUGUGUGGAAGAAGAGUCAAGGUGCAGGUGGCAGUCCUCGCAGACCCCAGGGCGGCUCCGAUGCGCCCUCAGGGCAUGCGGCCCCAAGCCGCAUCUUGUGGGAGCACACGCGUGGCCGCUAUUCGUGCAUGCAGUGCACCUUCUCCACGGCCUCGCGGCCCGCCAUGACCCUACACCUGGAGGACCACCGCCCCAUCGCCCCCGCGGCCCCGGCGCCCCGGCAGCCGCGCCCUGAGGCAGCUGCGCCCCGAGACCCGGCCCCACUUGCACCCAAGAUGUCGUUGCUGCUCUCUGAAGGGGAGUGUCCAGUUUUCUCGCCGCUCUGA